UGGAUAUUUGACUCCUCGGUCCUUGGCACGAUGUCAAACGUCAGAAACCCAAAUUAUUCUAUAGGAAGAGGUUGUGUGUCAUUCAUUCUGAGCUCAUGAGAGGACCAGUCUGUUUCUAGUCAGGAAGGCGACAUGACCAACUCAUUAACGGUCACAGUAGAGUUUUUGACUUAGACUUGCUCUCCACUUCUCAUCCCAGUUACUGUAGAUCUGAACAGGGCUCUUAACGUCUGGAUUUACUUGAACGUCGUCGACAUUUUCGGAUACUUCUGUAAUUGAUAACUCAAAAAGAGAUGAUGGGGUUGUCUUUCCUCUACGCGCUCUGUAUUUGGAUAACUUUAAUCUCUUCUUCGGUGGGAACAGGGUUUGUUUACCGCUUUCCAGGCAUCACAGUGCAGCGGCAGCGCAUCAAAUCGGAACAGAGCGGCAGCACUGGACCCCCAGGUACCGGGAUCCUUACCCAACUCAGGAAUUGGUGUCAGUAUACUGUUUCCAAAACAGUGUCCUGUCAGGUGCACAAUGGCUCUGAAACCACAGUGCAGAGAGUGUAUCAGGGCUGCCGGUGGCCCGGACCCUGUUCCAAAGUCAUCAGCUACCGGACCCUCAUCAGACCGUCCUUCAAGGUCACCUACAAACAAGUCACAGCACUGGAGUGGAGAUGCUGUCCAGGCUUUCUGGGAGAAGAGUGUCGUGAAGAGUGUAUGAACUGUACCAGCUUCACUGACAUGAGCAGCCGACUUCAUGCAGCUGAAUCAAAGAUCAGGCUGUUAGAAGAGGGACGUCCUUCACUGUCGACAGUCAACAGUUUACCAGAAGGCUCAACAGACAAUGAGGUGGACACACCUCAACCCACUCCUAUUGGACCUCCGUCACACCUGCCACCAGCACCAGGAAGCAUUGGGCCUCCAGGGCCCAUUGGACCUCCAGGACUUCCUGGUUCUGCUGGACCUCAGGGUGUGGCUGGAAGACCAGGCCUUCCUGGACCCAGCGGACCAAAAGGAGACAGAGGUUUACCUGGAGAUGGAGGUCUACCCGGCCCUCCUGGUCCACCGGGUCCUCCUGGGCCAAGCUCCACUCCUGUCCGAGCGAGAGGGGAUGUCUUUCAAAUAAACGACCAAGAGGAGAUCCACAGACCUCUUCCUGCUCCUCAGAUCAUAGUUGGGCCACCUGGUCCAACAGGUCCCUCCGGCCCAACAGGACCAAGAGGACCUGCAGGGAUACCAGGCCUGCCUGGACAAGACGGUAAGGAAGGCAUCCAAGGCAAGACUGGAGAUCUGGGGCCUAAAGGAGAGCCAGGAGAAAGGGGGAUUCCAGGUGUAGCAGGCGAGCAGGGUGUACCUGGAGCACCGGGGCCAAAAGGAGAGCCAGGAGCAGGCUUGAAUGAGGGAGAGGCCAUGCAGCAGCUCAGAGAGGCCCUGAAGAUCCUGGCCGAGAGAGUCUUGAUCCUGGAGCACAUGAUCGGCAUUCACGACAACACUGAGGGAUCUGGAUUUGGAAACAUUUUGGACACACUCUCUUUCUCUGCCAUAAAGACCAAACGUCUUCAGCCCUUUCAAACGACCCCUCAAACUUCAGCACUGGUGGGAAGACAAAGACGAUCCCCCCUUUAAGAGUCUAUUGUCUGAUUCUGUACAUGUGGUCUUAUGUGUGAGAGAUGUUGCAAAUUUUGCUGGAAGUUUUUUUCAUAUAAUUUUCCCUUGUGACUUUAUACUUUGGAAUUUAUUUUUGUCUAAUUGUGUUUUAUUGUCACAAGUACGUACUGUUGUGAAAAUGAAGUUCUGUGAGAUGUUGAGCAUUUCAAACACAGGAAAGGCCUCUUUGAGCCUUUUUCAUUCGGUUACUGCAGGAUCUUAGUCAACACAACCUUAGCAUCCGCACUUACACGGUGUUUUACUAUGAAAUAUAAUCUCAUAAAGUGUUAUGAGCGUUUUGGCGUCAUUCUUUCCUCUGAUAAAUGCCUGUUCCCCGAGCGCUGGAUCCAAACUGUAGUACUGUUAAGUGUCGAACACAUUCUUGGAACAACCUCGGGGUUGGUCCUGCGUUAGCUUGUCAAACAUACUUCUUUCUCUUCUCCGUCCGUCUGUCUUGCUGUGCUCUGCCUUGUUAAAGCUGAGGUAAGACAUAACAAGCUGCCAAGAGGAUCUGCUUAACAUAACGUUUGGUGAAAUGAAUCGCAUCUGGAGGGCGCACAUCUGGAAAGCUAAAGGAAGGGAUGCUGAAACAGUUACGUUUUGGCCUGGAAACCUCAAACCCUGCAUGCUCAGCUGCAGCGCACCUUCCUGUGAACUGGCUGACAGAGCACUAAACCUGACAGGAUUACAUUGACUUCUUCAUAAACUGCCGCUGAGUCUCUGGGAGGCCAAACCUGUUGGUCUCUGGUCUCUGAAUAACAAAUGAUUGGCAUAAUGUUUGUUACAAGGUUCAUAUGUUAAAAAGUAUUGAUUAGCAUUAUUACGCUUACUCAAUUUCUUUCAAGGGUUAGAUGGGUAGAACGUUACCACUUGUAUUUUUGUUCAUUUGAAGCUAUAGCCUAGAGCUUGCAAGCUUAGCUUAGCCUAAAGACACCAAAAACAAGUAGGAAACAGCCAGCCUGCUAUGUUGGAAGCAUAGACUGUAUAUAAAAAUGGACACAGACUCCAGGUCCUGAAAGUAAAGCCAAUGCCUAAAGGCCUGAAACAUGUAUUCUCUCAAAUAGCCAGCAUUUGUGUAGCUUACUUGAUAAUAAACUCAUACAAAUAUGUAGAACAGCAAAAGUAACUAAUACAAGACUAUUAUCUGGGGUUGCUUUUUAGCCUCUCGGAAUAAGAUGGGAUGUUUGUCUGUUUUGUUGUUGUGGCUUGAAUGCUAAUGCCACAGAAUCACGUCGCCACACGUGACCACCUGUAAAACCGUGACUUGUCAGUUUUGUAGAUCAUUGUUUGUACAAAUCAAUAAAGCAUUUCAGUGAGCAUUAGAGGUGAUAGAAAGGGAUUUAAUUACUUUUGGACAGAGCCAGGCUGGGUGUUUCCUAACAGUGAUACAAUCAAAAAGUUGAUAAACCUGUUUCUUUUGUUUAGUUUCAAGGCUUACCCCAUAUAGAGUCAAGUGUCAUGAAGGCCUUCCUGUUAAAUUCAAGUGUUUGUUGUGUCUUGUGCACGUCUCACUGCCUUAACAGUGUUCCGGUGUGAUGUUGUUAGAUUUGUAAAGCAAUGUACUCAGCAGAUAUUCAUUUAUGUUGAUAGUCGAAGAAAGAUUAAAGU